AUGCUGCUGAUGGCACCUGAAGUGGCUACGUUUAGUGAUGUUACCCUUCUGAUGCUCUCCCAACACGGAAUCGUCAAGGUCAAAGAUGACAACUCCAUGAUCAUAUCCGAGUAUUUGAUGGAAAUCAUGUCUCUGGAAAACCUAGAAGAGAGUCUUCCUUACGACGCAGCACUCCUGAAGGACUCACCUGGUACUGCCAAAUUUAUUCAGACUUGUUUCCAAGACAGUAUCAUCAAAAAGGAAGAAACCACAUGGGAACCUAUCGAAGGACUCGUGAAAUCACCCUACUACGGUCCAAUCACUCUGUUACAGAAUGAUCUCUACAGUGCUGAGGUCAUUUUGUGGCCGUGGUCCCACAUCACCAAGGAUGUUGAGUUUUUGCAGCCACCCACUCUAGAAUGUUGCAUUUCGAGAAAAUCCUCCAACAAGUACGCCGAUUUUAGCUUGAAGCCACUUGAAAGAAAAUGGGAAAUCAAGCGGCAGGCCUCGAGUUGUUUUGUGACAACCUUGGCCAGGAGUUGGUCAAUCAGAAGGAAUUAG